AUGGCGGACGAUUUGAAGGAGCGCACGGCACGCCUGCUCACCGACUACCUGGAGUGCUGCGCCCGCGAGCCCGGCACUCCCGAGCCGCAGCCCUCCACGCCCGAGGCGGCCGUGCUGCGCUCCGCGGCCGCCCAGCUGCAGCGGAUCCACCGGCCCUUCUUCUCCGCCUACCGCGGCUACCCGGGCAACCGCGUGGAGCUAAUGAUGCGCGUGGUGGAGGCCGUGCUCCCCGACGGCCACGACCUCAGCUGGGGCCGCGUGGUGACGCUCGUGACCUUCGCCGGGACGCUGCUGGAGAGAGGGCCGCACCUGACCACCACGCGGUGGCAGAGAAGGAACGAAAUUGCCCGGGACUGCCAGCGCCUCGUGACCUUGCUGUGCACUCGGCUCACAGGGCAGUACCGUGCCUGGCUGCAAGCUCAAGGAGGCUGGGACGGCUUCUGUGCCUUCUUCAGGACCCCCUUACCACUGACUUUCUGGAGAAGAGUGCUGGUCCAUGCAUUUCUGUCCUGCUUGCUGGCUACAGCCUUACUCUAUUUCUGGACACGAGUCCUGCAUCAUGCGUAG